GUCACUGUGGAGGCUGGACCAACAUGGCGGCUGUCAUGAGGCUUGUAAACAGAAGCACUUUAAGCUCAGCAAUGGGCCAGCAGUACCUGGCGUUUAGCUCCGCAUCGAAAGUCCAAACAGCUGUCGUAAAAGCAAGUCAAGCGCUUCCGGAAAAGGUGAAAAUAGUGGAGGUGGGACCCCGAGAUGGCCUUCAGAAUGAAAAGACUAUUGUGCCAACAGAGACAAAAAUUCACCUGAUUGACAUGCUGUCAGCGACAGGGCUGCAGGUCGUUGAGGCCACCAGCUUUGUAUCUCCAAAAUGGGUUCCACAGAUGGCAGACCAGGUAGAGGUGAUGAAGGGGAUCUGUAGGAAACCUGGAGUGUCUUAUGCGGUCCUCACCCCCAACCUCAAGGGUUUCCAGGCAGCAUUGAAGGCUGGAGCUUCAGAGGUAGCCAUAUUUGGUGCUGCAUCUGAGCUGUUCAGUAAGAGGAACAUAAACUGCUCAGUGGAUGAGAGUUUACAGCGCUUCGAUGAGGUUGUGAAAGCAGCUAAAGAGGCUAAUGUGCCAGUUAGAGGUUAUGUUUCGUGUGUUCUUGGAUGUCCGUAUGAAGGCAAGGUGGCGCCUGAAAAAGUUGCACAUGUAGCCAAGCGUCUGUACUCCAUGGGCUGCUAUGAAAUCUCUCUUGGUGACACUAUCGGGGUAGGGACUCCGGGUAGCAUGAUUGAAAUGCUGGAGGUGGUGAGCAGAGAGGUGCCUGUCAGUGCCUUGGCGGUCCACUGCCACGAUACCUAUGGCCAGGCCCUGGCUAACAUUCUUGUAGCCUUACAGAUGGGAAUCAGUGUGGUAGACUCGUCAGUUGCGGGACUGGGUGGCUGUCCCUAUGCCCAGGGGGCUUCUGGGAAUGUUGCCACUGAAGAUGUUGUCUAUAUGCUGCAUGGACUUGGGAUUCAAACGGGGGUGGACCUGUCAAAGCUGAUGGAUGCUGGAGCGUUCAUCUGCCGAACCCUCAACAGAAAGACCAGCUCCAAAGUGGCGCAGGCAACCUGCAAACUGUAGACAGAAGUCAAACCGUGGGCUCUUUCACAGACUAUAACCUGGAGACAUAAUAUUCUGUGUGUUAGUUUGAUUUAUCCUCUACCGGUAUGAGAGAAUUGCUUUAAUAUUCGGAUGUAACUGACCCUUCCUUCUGUUUUAGAAAAAAAAUAUCUGGUUAGAUAUUCAUCACAUGAUAGCUUAGCUGGAACGGUGCCUUAUGUAAAGUCAGUCUAAUCAUACAGAUCAUGCCGAUCAAAAGCCAUGCCUUCACCUGUUUCUUUAAUAGUAUACUUACAUUACUUUCUGGCCAGUGGGUAAGCCAAAGUGAAGCACAGACUUUGUUUCUAAUGAUAAAUUAAUCAGUAAAAAUGGAUGAAUGAACUCACUGAUGAUGUCAGACAGAGACAGAAGUGAUGUUUCGACUUCUGUCACCCUCAGUGAGCAGUGAUCAUUUACUUCAAAUUAAUUAUCUAUAUAGGGAUCAGUCUAAAUGAACUUGGCCAUUGUACUGGCUUGUGAAAAAUGUUGAUGUGCUGUAUUCCACUGAUUUUUUUUUAAUGGAUGUUUAUUUUAAUAGGAUUUCUAGUUUAGUAUUUAUUUUUAAACGUCUGUCUUCAAAUUCAACAUGUAUGUAUCCAACAAAAAUAAACACUAUUUC